UCACCUCUGUUACCACACACACACACCCCACUUCCCUCUUCUUUCUCUUCUUUCUCUUCUCUCCUAACCCCCAUUAUUUACUUUCUCUGACACAUCCAUCUUCUUCUUCAGCUACUACCAUUUUCUCUUUCUCUCACACUAGUCCUCAUGAAAGAAGUAACAGUGGAAGCAGAAGGUCACCAUGGAGGAGCAGCACAAGGUGGAGGAGGAAGGAGUGGUAGCACUACAAGCGGGUCUUCAAGGCCAGACCUUCAGAACAGUGCAAUGAAGAUUCUGAGAGCAAGAGACGGUUACAACAACUCCAACAACACCAACAACAAUAACGGAAGUAGUUAUGAGGAAGUUGGAGAGAAGCCAUCAAGAUUUGAAGUGUUUGGAUGGUAUCUUUAUGAGUUCUGUUUCUACUUUGUUCAAACCGUUGUCGUUCCAAUUCUCUUCCCACUCAUAAUAAGCCAGCUACAACACUUGCCAACUAACUCACUCCAACAAUGGAACAAGAACCACCAAGACCUACACUGCUCCCAAAAGGAACUUCACUUGUACAUCAAGCUCACAAGUAAAACAAUUGGUGGAUCGAGUUACUCUGCUUUGGAAUGGACAUCAAUUGGUUGGGCUACAGGUUUGGCAUUGGCUGUUCCAAUCCUAGGAUUCCUGUCCUUCCACCUUGACGGACACUUCCCAAAGCUCAUCACGGCGGCUGCGACCGGCCUCGGCGUCUUCUUCUGCCUGCCGGCCGGAUUCUUCAAAUCCACAGCCAUCUUCAUUCCGUACAUUAUUGGCAUUGUUGCGGCCAGCACGGUGGCUAGUGCGGCGCACACGCAGCACCUAGGACUAAUGAUUCGCGCCUUCACCGGACCAUCCUUGAAGAGAAGCCAAUUCUCAAUAAGGCAAGGUGUGUCUAGCUGGCUGAACCUAUAUGGCACGGCGGCCGGCUGCUUAGGCGCAGCCUUGAUUUCGGCCUUCAUAUACCAUAUGAUCGGCGAACUGAAGAUCACGGAGCGGGAUAUAAUGAGCCUGUGGGUUGUUUCAAUCUUCAGUGGACUAAUUUGGCUUGUUGGGAUCUUACACAUCUUCACAGCCUUAGACAGGACAAGUGAUUCCAUCUCAUUCUCGUCGAAAUUCCACCCGUUUUCGAUCUUCAAAUACCCUCACGCGAUCGGAGGCCUAGCCGGGGUUUUCCUCUCAUCAUUCACCACAAUGUCGAUUUUCACCGGGGGAGUGCUGUUCAUAGUUGGAGAGCUAUGCAUCAAGCCACUUCACUUGCUCUUGUUCUGGCUAACAUAUUUCCUUUUCCCUCUUGUGUCUCUACCACUGCUCCAACCAAUGCAGCAUCUAAUUAAGAUGAAUUCGGUUAAAUUGCAAAUUGUGGGAUUCUUGUUGUCCCUUUUCGCCUCCGGCUUCGGAUUCUACUUUGGCCAUAGUCACUGGAAAUGGGGCCAUUUGGUGGUAUUCGGCGCCAUCCAGAGCACGGCCGCAGGGAUCUUGCAUGCCUUUGGGAGGGUAUUGGUUUUGGAUUGUGCUCCAUCAGGUAAAGAGGGUGCAUUUUCAAUCUGGUAUGCAUGGAUGAGAGCUGCCGGAUUAUGUGUCGGAUUCACAGUCGGCUCGGUCGCGCCUGGACACAUUAGAACCUCCUUUGGGGCUGCAUUUUGCACGGCCAUUGUUGCCAUUGUUGUGCUGCUUUUUGGAAACAUUAGUGACAUUGGUGGCGCUGCUGCGGCCGGUCAUGUCAAAGACGACCUUGACAGAGGCUCCCCGGUCCCUGACACUAAAGAAUCGUCGCGCGUCUGACGGAGGAGGAGGAUGAGGAGGAGUUAGCAUUGGACUAAAUAACCUGGGACUGAAUGGAUGGAUGGAUCAUGGUUUUACAUCUUCAGUGUUUUAACCUUAUAAUAUUCUUUGCAAAAUAUGAUGAUGAUGAUGAUGUUUGGUGCAUGCAAGAGUUAAAGAGAUUUCAUUGUAUGAUUAUUGAUUUUGGGAUAUGUAUUUUUAGUAGUUAGUGUUUGUUUGGCAUGCAUCUGUUUUUGUUUUGUGUUUUGAGUUGAGGAUUUCAGCUUCUGGCCUUGUGUAACUGUGUUAUAGUGUUUGGUCAUAUUUUCUCUCUUUUCACUUCA